AUGGCAGAAGCAGGCCCUUCGUCUCCUACUCGAACCUUCCCCAGCGCACCAAUCGCUGUUGGCACCUCUUCCGCCUCCCAGUCGAAGCGUUCUCGCAUUCGCUUCCCAGUUGACGACAGUCUCUCUAGUCUUGCAGAUGCCGACAGCGGCAUUGCUUCUGUUGGUUUAGGUCCCCCCCCGCUCGUCCGAAGGUCUACGCUGACAGGCAAUGCCAAGAACCCACCUGCCCUCGCUCGGGGCGAUGGUCGCCGCCGUGUCAGAUCCGCGACUGCACACACAUCUUUCGAUGGUCAGUCCCGCUCCCAGAAAGCCGGAGACAUGGGUCCGCCUCCCUCCAAGAUACUCUCGACUACCAGCCGGAAAGGUGGCAGGAAGGAGAGAGAGCUCCAGGGUAAUGUUUUCUCUGACGGCUCGACCGGAGAUUCCCAUUCAGUAGCUUUUUCUGACGAGUAUGAUUUGUCGCGUGAAGAUCCAAGGAUUCUUGAGGAGGUAGAACGCGCUUUGAAAUUGAAAGCACGCCGUGAAGCUCGCAUGAAGGCGUCGCAGUCAAUUUCGCAACCUAGGACCGACAUGACCUCCUCGUAUCCAACCCAGACCUCUCCAGCUCGGGCAUCUAUUCAGAUACCACCGCCUGUUAUGACCCAGGGAGAUUUUGUCGUAGAGUCAGACGUCGACUUCAGUCCAUCUGUUGGAACGAUACCUCUACAUCCCGUUCCUUUCUCGCAUGAUGGGGGUGCUACGUUGGAUUGGGCGGGCUCAGCUUCGGAAGAUGAGAAGCCGGAGAAACGUUGGGCACUACACAUGAACAGGCGAAAGACCAAGGACAGGUCUUCAGGGCCCUCUAGCCGCACUGUCGUGGAGAAGCAGGAUUCGCUUUUUGCCGACAAACUCACGCUAAUAAAGAAUAAAGCCAAAUCCGAUACAUUGCGCAAAGCUGCGAUUACCAGUAAUCAGCUCCGAAGACGGUACAGUAUACUCCUUACCCCUUCCCCUGCAGUGCCGGUCAGUAUCCUUGAUGUUGCUCGAUGGUACGACAAGCAAGAGCCGACCAUGAAAGCAUCGUUGGAAAAAGCAGAGCCUUUGACUUGGUUGAAACAUCUGUGGGACAAGGGCGGACGGAAAACUUUACGGUCUCCACGGACUCUCUCAGCCAAAAUAAUUGAGGAGUAUGUUAAAGCCCACACAACUCCACAGGCUAUGGAGACAAUCCCAGAAGAUGAGAUUGCGCCCGAGGCUUCCUCGAUUAUGGUUUCUUACCCAGAAUCAAAGUCUCCUACAAGCACAUCAAUCUUGGAACCAUCCAUAUCAAGGAACCGCUCUUCUUACGAUACACAAGUGUCGUUCGAGCCAGUCGUUGACUCUGGCAGAGAUUCGUUAGGCUCUCGGCCAAGUAGUGAGGGAUUCACUCGUUACUGGAGGCAAUCGCUUCCUAAUGGGACAGACUCCACAAGAAGUUCUAUCUACAGCAACAUGUUCAGCGGUGUCUCGCCGACGAACAGUCGUCUGCACUUGCGUGAUAUAACGAAACGCGUGCGACGUCGUGGUCACGGAAGUGAAGAGGCGUUGUCAUCUGCGCAAGAGUCGAUAUCAGGGCAGAGCGCGUCGGAAGAUGGGCAUGGCAGGACAGGACAAGCUCCGGAUGUUUCGGUCCCCGAAUUGCGAACCCAGGACGAUUCCGCUACUGCUGCAGAGCAGCGUUCAGCUCUGCAUGUGGCUUCGGUUUCUGUGGACCAAAGCCAAUUGACCGAGAUUCCAGCGGAGAACAGUUGGCAACGAGAUGACGCUGAAGAACCAACCGCGAAGCGUGAAGACUUCUCUGCUCAAGACGUCUCUUCGUCCAUUCCCAAAAAUGCCCGAUGUAUUCGCAAACGGCUCUCUUUACCGUCAUCAGGACUUCGACUAUUGCGAGAGCAUGAGAAACGUCAACGUGAAGAGGUUGAUGAGGAGAACGAGAAGCGCGAAUAUGAACGGAAAGCCCAAAUUUUGGAGGAUACAGUGUCUCAUAACUCUCGUACUCGUCGCCUGCUGCAACGCGUUGCGACGUGCAUAAGGGAGUACGACUCAGUGCAGUCGAGUCUAUCUAGCGUACUCGGAAUGCCUUACCCAAAGGUGCCGCACGAAAUGUUGGAGGCCUUCACAUAUGAUCCGUGCGCAGUUACCGGGGUUACUCGCAGUUUGAAGGGAUGGAGGGCAGUCGAGGAUAUUCACGAUCGUAUUCACCGUCAGCGGAAGACAUUACGAACAUUUGGGCCUGCCUUUUCCACAGAUUCUAUCUCGUCAUCACCGGGCUCAACCCCGAGAAAUAUCUUUGAUGACCCUAUAGCCUCUCUCAUGCAGUCCUUGAAGGAGUUGGAGAAACACCGUCAGCUCAUCGUUCGUCAAGCCGAGAAAGUCAUCGAGACUCUCGCAGGAGUGAAGAACGUGCACAGUGAUGUGAAGAGGGAAUACAAUGAGACGUUGGCUCAUACUUCACUGGUCUAUCCCGAGCUUUCACAAAUUGCAGUUCUGGAAGGGAACUACAGAAAUCACUACCAACAGUUCUGGGACUUGAGCUUGGAUGCAUUAACACUCCUCCUUGAUACCGUCACGCCAUUUUGGAGGAACUACGGGAAGGUAAUCGGGGAAGACGUGCAGGACUUCCUCAUAAUUCCUUGGUAUCGGAACGAGUUUACGGGUGAACCGAAGAGAUAUCCCAUAAAAGCAUUUCCCCAACGGUCGUUCCGUCAUUGGAUAGGCCUUACGUGUUUGUCAUUCCUCAGUUGUUGUAUCACAUUGCUCCAAGCACGCGCGGCGGUGACCUUGACUGUCAAUUGCAACCUGCCUUGGAUCACGCAUUCCGGGUUGCGGUAUCUGUUUUUUCCCCUUUACUUGAUUGGACUUUUGAUCCAGUGGUGUGCUGUGCUGGUCGAAGGUUCCAUCGUCGUGGCGCAGUGGGGUGUCGUCGUUUGGUGGAUGGGAUGGGCUGUAAAUAUUUUCACGUAG